GUGCAAGAUUGACUCAGAGUACUGAUGGGAGGUGUGGCGUAUCAUGUGAAGAAACGUCUCACCAUCGACUGGUCCAGGAUGAAUUUAUGAUAGAUAUGGAGAAGUCAACACACGAGUUUGGUACCCAUAUAGGAGAGGUGACUGUUGAUAAAGAAUGCUCAGUUGCUACCCAAUAUGACUGUAGUACGAGGGAAAAGGAAUUACAUGUAUAUAGCUGUAAUUUCUGUCAACAGGGCUUUCCUUCAAAAUACAGACUCAUAAAGCAUGUGUUUAUGCACAUUGAUGGCAUGCAACCACCUUUGUAUGUUUGUAAGUGGUGUGGUGAGAUAUUUGACAGUAAAUUUAGUUUGAAAAAACAUCUGAGAAUGAGUGAGAAUGAUCACGUCUUAAAUGCUGGCAACCAUGAAAAAUAUGGCUAUAGUGGUGAGCAUCAAAGCAGUAUCCUUUUGGAUAGUUUGCCAGAAGUUUCUGUUACAGAACACAAUGUGUGCUCUUCAUACAAGGAAACUUGGAAAACUUCAAGGAAGUCCUGUAAUGACGUGUGUAACACACCUAUGAGAAAUGAUGCUGAUAAAAUAAGUGACUAUGGAACUUUGUCUACAGCUGUUAAUGUCAGUGCUCAGGGUGAUCUACUUACUGCAAACAGUACGGACAAAUGUGGUAUUUGUGGCAAAUUGUGUGGUAGGUCAGGUCAUCCCAAGAGAGAGAAAUUACUUGACACAGGAAAGAAACCCCACGAAUGUGAGAUUCGUGGCGAAUCGUUUUCUCAGUCAGGUCAUCUCAAGAUAGAUGAAUUAAUGCACACUGGGAAGAAACCUCACAAAUGUAAGAUUUGUGGGAGAUAUUUUGCUAGGUCGAGCAAUCUCAAGAGACACGAAUUAAUUCACACUGGAAACAAACCUCACAAAUGUGUGUUUUGUGACAAAUCGUUUGCCCAGUCAGGUAGUCUCAAGACUCAUGAGUCAAUUCACACUGGAAAGAAACCUCACAAAUGUGAGAUUUGUGGGAUCUCUUUUGCUAGGGCAGGUUAUCUCAAGACUCACAUUUUAAUUCACACUGGGAAGAAACCUCACAAAUGUAAGAUAUGUGGGAGAAGUUUUGUUUUGUCGAGCAAUCUCAAGAGACAUGAAUUAAUUCACAGUGGCAACAAACCUCACAAAUGUGUGAUUUGUGACAAAUCGUUUGCCCAAUCAGGUAGUCUCAAGACUCACGAGUUAAUUCACACUGGAAAGAAACCUCACAAAUGUGAGAUUUGUGGGAAAUCUUUUCAUAGGUCAGAUAGGCUCAAGACACAUGAAUUAGUUCACACUGGAAAGAAACCUCACAAAUGUGAGAUUUGUGGGAAAUCUUUUGCUAGGUCAGGCUAUCUCAAGGCACACUUAUUAAAUCACACUGGAAAGAAACCUCGCAAAUGUUUGAUUUGUGACAAAUCGUUUGCACAUCCAAGUAAUCUGAAGACUCACCAAUUAAUUCACACUGGAAACAAAACUCACAAAUGUGAGAUUUGUGGGAGAUGUUUUGCUUUGUCAAGUUAUCUCAAGAAACAUUUAUUAAUUCACACUGGGAAGAAACCUCACAAAUGUAAUAUUUGUGGGAAAUCCUUUGCUUUGUUGAAUGAUCUCAAUAGGCACACAUUAAUUCACACUGGAAAGAAAUCCCAUGAAUGCGAUAUUUGUGGAAAGUCUUUUGCUAGGGCAGGCAAUCUCAAGGCCCAUACAUUACUUCACAUUGGAGAGCAACCUCACAAAUGUGAGAUUUGUGGGAAAUCUUUUGCUGUGUCCAGCAUUCUCAAAACACAUGCAUUCAUUCACAUUAGAAAGAAACCUCACAAAUGUGAGAUUAGUGGGAAGUCAUUUGCUAUGUCAGGCGAUCUCAAGACACAUGCAUUAGAACACAUUGGAAGGGGACCUCACAAAUGUGAUGUCUGUGACAAAAGUUUCACUAAAUUGGGUACUCUCAAGACACAUGCAUUGCUUCACGUCAGAAAGAAACUACAAGUAAGUGUUGGUGUACACAAAUAGGUUUUCCUGGUUUGUGCCCUCAAGGCCUAUAAAGUAAUGGAUGUAACCGGGAACAAUAAAUUGCAGUUCCUGUGAAAUAACAUUAAAAUGUGGUAGAAUUGUGGAAAAAAAAUGUGCAAUGAUGUGUACUAUAGAGUGGUAACAGAUAAUGUGACAAUAUAAAAAUCCAUAUCUACAGAUUGUGAUGUCAAGAACUUCUAUUACUAAAUACUCCAGAAACAUGAAUCAAAUGUGUUUUUGUCAUUAACACUGCUGCUUUUUCCUAUCGAUCUUGGGACAAGAAGAUUGUGAAUUGUGAUAAAUGAUUUACCUUCGUCAGUAAUCAUAAGUACAAUGCAAUAUUCAGUAUAAGGCCAAGGAAAUGUGAUGACUUGCUGCUUAAUAUUCUAGACAUAGUCAUUAUGUAGUACUUUAACUGCACUUUAGAAACAAUGUUAUCAAAAAUAUAUCCAUGGCACUUCCUUCAUAAAGGCUAGUAAACUUAACACUGGAGAAACGUGGUUAUGGCAUUAUUUUACUAAUGUAUGUUUUGUGAAGAGAUCUGCUGUGUGUGUCAUUAAUAGCGUGUACAUUUAUGUUCUGUUCAUAUUAAUCCUGCAUUUGUAAACGUAACAACAAAUAUAACAAUCUAAUUGAUAGCAUGUUUGUCCACUUUUGGAACACAAUACAUGAACAAUUCUACAUGAUAUGGACUUGACAUGUCGUUUUCAUAUUUCUGGAUGUAUGUUGCACCAGUUGUAUUGCACACAUUCAAAUCAGCUAAAUGGUGUGGUCGAGACAUCAGUGUUAGUUACCAUGCUACUCAGACCACUGUGUAGUCGUUCUGUACAUGUGACAUGGACAGUUACCUGCUGAAAGCUGCCUUCACUGUGGGAGAGCACAUCAGGCAUGAAGGAAUCUAUGUAGUUCCAAUAAAGGUGACAUGUCUGCAACUGUCAUGAUGCCUCCAAUUAUUACCAGAUGUCCCAAAGGAGCCCAAGUGACUUGCCCGAUAGCAUAAUGGGUCCUCGAUCUGGUGCCAUUCACCUACAUGACUGCAUAUCUGGAUGUGGCAUUCACCUGGUGUAACAAGAAAUGUCACUUGUCCUGACAGUUGGCAGUUUACAUUAGCAUUGACCUCCAUUCCAGCAUCAAUGAUCCCUUGUGCAAUGCAGUUGCAAUUGAACAAUUUGAUGGGUUAGUAUGGAAACAUACAGAGACCAUAUGUUGUGGAGCCCUAUGUUCAAAAAUGUACACUGAAUUGUGUGUUUUAAAAUGUGUAUGGCCUCUCCAGCAUUAUUUUCUGUCAUUAGAUAUGCCUCAUAUUGCCACGUUUCCAGCUUUACAGAGCAGACAAGCCUCUGAUCUCCAUGAUUUGUGAUGAGGUAUAGAUGUAUUACAUCUUUUGAUAAGGUUAUGGAUUUAUCACCUUUCAACCACUUUCUCUGGAUGUGCACAACAGUAGCAUAGGUCCAGCCAACCAGCUUCACCACUUUUGAGGUGUUAGUUCCCAACUGCAAUACCACUGUAACCUGUCCUUUGCUAAAGUCACUUAUGUCAUUGGAUUUACAUUUUCACAGCCUAUCUAAUUGGUAGAACAAUUCCUUCUUAAUCUCUGAUCUGCUAUACUUGUAAUCUGAAUACUGCAUCAUGUGUGUACAACAUGGCAUUCAUUCUCCUCACAGGCAGUGUUCAUGAUAUUUUUGCUCAUCAAUGCAUCUUCAUGUAAAUGGGUCAGAUGGGAAAAUGUGUAAUCUAACAAAAUCAUUGUGCUUGGUUACCAUUUACACCAGUGCACAAUAGCCAUAUUUUUUUGUGAAAUUUUUUUGUUUCACAAAGCUCUGUACGUAAUUCAGAGAUAUUGUAGAUAAGUGUUAUGCACCUCUUAAUUCUUUGUUAAGCGUUUAAUACUGUAUAAGGUACAUGCAAGAACAACAUUUGGGAGAGCUGAGAAUGUGAGUACUAAAUAUGUCCAGUGUUAUAGUCAAAGAUGUUUCCAUUUUGCAUAUUUUUCUUAAUUUGUGUAAA